CGCCGCUAGCCGUGGUUUCGAAUCAUUCACAGUCAUUCCACUACGUCGGUAGGCCGCGGCAGCGCCGGCGAAUUCACCCGACGCUCGAGUCGCGUUCGAGACGCACGUCAGUCCCGCGACGUACGACGCGAUCUUCCGACGCGAUCGAUCUCGCUUCAUCAUUAAACCUCGUGCAACCGUAAUCACCUUUGCCGCUGGCGCUCGCACCGUUUCGCAAACUGAACUUCGGAUCGUGAAUGUGACAGUGAGUUUCCAAGAUCGGUGUCGUUCUUUGGAAUAUUUCUGGAAUCAGUGAAACGUAAUUAUUGUUACGUACCUGGAUCUUUUUAGAUAAAGGGAAUAUUCAGGUUGGUUUGUCUUCGGCGGGCGAGGCGUUGGAUUGGAAGUUUCUGUAUUUCGAUGUUGAAGGUUCUUUUGUGCACGAAUUCGUAGCAUCGUUCGAAAGUACGAGGAAGCUGCGCAUUCGGAGUAGGUCGAAGAAAGUGGAAGCGAAACGGAAAGCGAGAGUACACAGCUGGUAACGUCUUCCCGUCAGAAAGCGGCGAGGUCUGCCCGGUCUGCGACGGGUGCAGCGCACCGUUCGAUGCUUCUCACGAAAACACCUAAAUAACACGACAAAUAUCAGCUGUUAUCAAUAUUCCCAUAACAGACAUGCAACUCUGAGUCUUCCACAGUAGUCAGACAUUUUUAGAUAUUCAAACUCACAGGAAUCGCGAGACACGUCAGUGGUGUAAAGCUGGCCGUUCAUCGAGGAUUAAAGUUCAAAAGCCAGAUCCAGUCUCGGCGUCCCGAUCCAGUCCCUGAAUCGGCCAGGAGGCCGCAGUGAAUCGAGGAUCGCCGAUCGGAGCAGACGGGAGAGACGCGAGCCGACGUUUACACGAGCCGUUGGCUGUCAAGGACGCCGGCAUGGUUAUGGACACGAGUACGGUCCGCUUGGUCAUAUUCCUAGGGAUGUUCCUGGUGUUCGCCGGCGACUAUAGUUAUCUGGUAUCGACGAUAUUCGGCAGGACCGCCGAUCAGAACAUCACCGAGCCGAUCAGAGGACCUAUCGGGCCGCCCAAGGAGCUGCCGAUCGUCAAAAAGGACUAUGGCAAAGAAACCGCGGUGUCGCGGCGAGCCCGACUGAUGUCAACGAUCAAGACCGCCUGCUUGCCGAAGCUGAUAUGCGAGUUGACUUCGUCCGUUUAUCAGGAUCAGCUGAGCGAGAUGGAGCGGUCUUUGCUGAACUUGAUCAGGGACACGAGCUUGAGUACGAUGGCGGAAGUGCCCUCGAGAUACCACUUCGCGGCUCAUAUGGGUCAAUUGAUAUCCGGUUUGGAAGGUCAGGGAUGCCACAAUUUCUUCCCGUCCUGCCCGUUGCCCAGCAGCAGCGUUCUGAACAUGAUGAAGAAGAUCCGGUUGCGCUGAACCGACGCAAUAUCCCGUAGCCUGACUUUGCGGCACCACGAGAAUGAUAACGAAGCCUGUGAUAUCGCUGACUACAACAUUUCAUCGAACCUCGAAGUCUCGGCGAGCGCUUAGCUCCUUUUCGAGAUCAUCGGGUCAUCUAAGUCUCGCCGAAAAACAGGAUCCAGUCUCUAUAACAUGAUCUUUAAGAUCGAAGUUUCAACGAAAACACGUUUUUUCGAGAUCACGAAAUCUUGAACGAAACCAUGACAACAUUCGCAAGACUUUCGUUUACGUACAAGUUAUUCUACUUGCAGACCUCUGUCCAUUUAGAUUACGAGAGCCACAAGGAGGAGUAUUUUUGAAAACGUUGACCUAUUAUUUUGUAUUGUUUUAUUCAUAAAAUACGAAACAACGUACGAUGGAAGGGAGAAGGAUCGUUGAUGUUCGGUACCGAUGAACACGAUAUUUUUGUUACGAUUGUUCGACGUAAUUGUUAAGGAAGCUGUAUGAACGUUGUUGAAAUAUUUAUAAAUAAUUGCCCGCUCCGGCCGACCGUCACGACGUUUAAGCGUUAGAUAUUAAACUGACAAUAUAUUCUUGGACGUAAUUAGCAGUGUUUGAUGAACGUAAGAUUGCUAUAGAUUGUGCCUGAGAGAACUAAAUGGUAUUUAGCGCUGUUCCAUAUAUUUGCUCGCGUUUUACGAGCAAACAUAAAUUCAUGAGUACUAUUUAUUGCUCGAAAUACGCGUAAUUAAACGCGAUACAGUUCAAGCUCGAUAUUCGACUUUAUGUUUCUGCGUAUUGCAGGUAUAUUGCACGAGCCGAAGUGAACGAUUGUACGUUGUACGUUAUACAAUUACGCAUUUUACGUUUUUCGAAAAUAAAGCAUCAAUAAAAACA